AUGGCCGACCAGAGCCCUGACCAGAAGGUGGAGGAAACGCUGAAGGGGGCAGACAUCAAGCUGCUUCUCAUUGACUUCGACGGCACACUCUUCGUAGACAAGGACAUAAAGGUGCCGAGCGAAAACAUCGAAGCGAUAAAGGAAGCAAUCGAAAGGGGAUACAUGGUUAGUAUAUGUACAGGGAGAUCCAAAGUAGGAAUAUUAAGUGCAUUUGGAGAAGAAAAUUUAAAAAAAAUGAAUUUCUAUGGUAUGCCUGGAGUGUACAUUAACGGAACGAUCGUUUAUGAUCAAAUUGGAUACACUCUCCUGGACGAAACGAUAGAGACUGAUGUGUAUGCAGAGUUAAUUAACUACCUAGUGGAAAAGAAUUUAGUUAAUCAAACCAUUUUCCAUCGAGGAGAGUCAAAUUAUGUCACGGAGGACAACAAGUAUGCAGACUUUUUGCAAAAAAUGUACAGCGAAAAUAGGAGCAUCAUAAUUAGGCACAAUGAAAUGCUCAAAUAUCGAACCAUGAAUAAAUUAAUGAUUGUAUUGGAUCCUUCAGAAUCUAAAAAGGUCAUUUCGAACCUCAAACAGAAGUUCAAAGAUAAGCUAACCAUUUUUACGACCUAUAAUGGACACGCGGAGGUUACUAAGUUAGGUCAUGAUAAAUUUACUGGGAUUAAUUACCUUUUAAAACACUACAAUAUAUCGAAUGACCAGGUGUUAGUUGUGGGGGAUGCUGAAAAUGACAUCGCUAUGCUCUCCAACUUCAAGUACUCCUUUGCCGUUGCCAAUGCUACUGAUUCGGCCAAAUCCCACGCCAAGUGUGUGCUCCCCCUUUCGCACAAGGAGGGUGCCGUGGCCUAUUUACUCAAGAAGGUUUUCAAUUUGAAGAAGUGA